AUGGUAAAGACACUUCCUUUUGGACAGCAGGAGGUCCCUGUCCCUGGCUAUGGCGCUAUGGGGCUUAACUCCGCCAUGGGGAGCGAUCUCAACUACGAACAGGCUGAGCCUGUCCUCCUGAGAGCCGUGGAGCUCGGCUGUACAUUUUGGGAUACCGCUGUCGCCUACAAGAAUGGCGAGAAUGAGAAGCUCAUCGGGGAGUUUGUCAAGAGGCAUAACGUUCGUGAAAGGCUUUUCGUGGCGUCUAAGUGCGGUUUUGAUGUGUUCGGGCCUGUGCGAACAGUGACCAACUCGGCGGCUCAUAUCAAAAAAUAUAUCGAGGGCACGAUUGAGAGGCUUGGUUUCACCCCUGACCUCUAUUAUCUACACAGAAUCGAUCCCAACACCCCCCUCGAGGAAUCUAUUGGUGCCUUAGAUGAACUACGCCGUGCCGGCAAGACCAAGUAUAUUGGUCUCUCCGAGUGCUCUGCUACGACCUUGCGAAAGGCAAACUCGAUCGCCAAGAUCGAUGCUGUUCAGGCCGAGUACUCUGCCUUCGAGACACUACAUGAGACUAGUGGUCUCAUCGAUGCAUGCAAGGAGCUAGGCGUAGCAUUCGUAGCGUUCAGCCCAUUGGGACACGGCUGGCUCGUUGAUGACUUCGACUUCAAGUCCCCCGAUGACUUCGCACCCAAUGAUUUCCGACGCACCGUGCCGAAGUUCCAGGGCGAAAACUUCUACAAGAACAAGGCAAUUGUAGAUGAAAUCAAAACGCUGGCGAAAGCCAAAGGCUGCACGGUGGCGCAGAUCGCGCUAGCUUGGGUCGCCGCACAGGGUUUGAUCACUAUACCAGGCACAACCAAAGUUCCACGUCUGGAAGAGAACUGGAGGUCUCGAGAUGUUGUGCUGACGGAGGAGGAACUGAAGACAAUGCGAAAGAUUGUGGACGAUGCCAAGCCUGUUGGAGAGAGGUUCUCGGCUAUCUUCCAGUCAAUGGUCGGUCACUAG